AUGUGUGUUGCCCAGUGUGCACGACCUGGGGCCUUUGAAUACUCCCCAGCCAAGAGAGAAGUGCUUCGGCUCCAAAGGUCAGAAGAUCGAAGUCCGAAUACCCACUCGGAUUCCGUCCCCGAGGAAGGUAUUCCAGCUAUUUCGAGUUUGGAUAUCAAAGACUAUCUCUUCGCCGACGAGGGAGAUGGUAUUCUAUCUCAUGAUCGCCAACCUGAUCCCACUCGCAUGACGCGAAAAGAAGAGAUCUUCCAAUCUAUGAUUCAGGCGAACUAUUUCUUCAUCUCGGUGCUGGCCAAAGACCGCGCGUUUGGCGCUGACAUUGUCCAUGCUACCUCAAGCUGGAACACACCUGUGCAGCAACUGAUAAGCGAUGAUAUGGCAGCAUUCUUCGAUAAAUGGUUAGUUUGGCAUCGGUUCUUUCUUCCAAAUUUGCCAACUUUAGUCAACCUCCGUGCUCGAUUAACUUCGGAAAAGUCUGCCAUCUCCACAAAUUGCGCGACAAGGCUACUCUUUGCACUUCUUUGUGUGACUGCGCUCGAGCUCCAACGAAAUAUCACUCGCGAAGACUGGCGAUUGAAACAGAAAUUGCAACUUGCCGUAUCGUUCUAUGGUCAGGAGUUCAUUUUUUCGCCACCCACUCACCAUGACUCGGUCAACGUCUCUCUUUUCCUAUCCGAUUAUAAGCCAACAGCUUUGGUCACCAUGCAAGCAAUCGCUCACAAAACAAUCAAGUCAGAGAUAUACAUCAAUAUCGCAUAUGGCAUUUCUCACCGAUUGGAAGCAGUAAACGGAGAGGGAGCUCAAUAUCUUAGUGGACUAAAUGCCGCAGACUAUGACACAUUUGAAAAAUGCCUCUUCGACUCGAUUCAAGGAAUCCAGAUGGUUUCAAACCAUGCAACAGUAGACGGUCUGGUCAGGAGACCACUUCAAAGUCUACGCUAUCUAAUCGCCUACAUGAAAACCCGCGUUGACGCCUACCAAAAUGCUUUGAAAUUCCGCCAGUGCACACCACGGGCUAUUUACCACAUUCAAUGGGCUACAUCAACUUACAUACUAUUCCAAAUGCUGGCUGAAGCCAAACAAAGCUUGCAUGACCCGGGACGCUUCAUUGGCCUUGCAGAAGAGACCGAAAAGAAAUGCUUGGAACAAAUCAACUACACCAACUCUCUACUUGAUGCUGUACAGCAAGGGAAUUCAGGUAACGAAGAAAUAAAAGCCGUUUUCUUUACACAUCCAGUCUCAGGGACAAGAUCCGGACGAGAAUGGGGUAGUCGACGGGAUUCGGACAUAUUUCGCGACGAAACCAUUAAAAUCACCUCACAGAUCACGAAUGUCUUGAAAAAAACCGGGGAACAGUCAAACAAUUACUUCAAAGAGUUUUUGGAGCGUUACGGCUCGGCAUAUCCGAACGACCUGUCCUCAAUACUUGAGAAGUUCAUCCAGUGUUCAACGCUGAAGCUGCACGGCAUUGAUUUCCACCCACCGCCGAGGUACAUCUGCUUGGAAAACGUGAUUAUCUGCAAAAAUAUACUCGAGAAUAAUGUCGUCCAGAUUAAAUGCUCUGGCCAUCUACACCCAGCUUUUCCCAAACAACUUGAUCUUUUCCAGAAAUGCGCUGAGGCCCUCGCCAACAUGGCCUCGUCGCCGAUUCUCACUGUCGACGCUGCCUUUGCAGGCGGAUGCCUUUACGCGAUGAGCAGCAAGAUCGUCGAUGGACUUCUGGGCCUUAUGAAAAGACUACAGAGUGACUUCGAGUCAGCUGGAAAUGGGGAUGUUGAAUUGGUCGAUGCUAUUAUCGCAUCGGCGGAGUACGAUCGCUUGCAUAGUGUGGACUUUAAUCAGUUCCAAUUCCAGUUCCCAGAGGAGAUGGGCUCAGAAGCCUGGCCUUCUGGACCUUUCGGUCAGCCGGAGGCUUUUUCGAACUCAUUUGAUUGGACUUCCUUGCUGAAUCUUGAUGAUUAUACGUUUGAACCGGAGGAUCCGGCCUGGUUUGCUGGUAAUUCUGCGUAG